GUGUGUCUGGAGGCGCUCAGUAACAACAACAACAACGACGACGAGAAGAAGCCACGAGCGGUCUGGUCUCUCAUCGCUCGCUCCUGCUCACCGUUACGCGACGAACAAGGCAUCUUGAGGAGGUGAAGCUGCCCCCCCCCCCCCGAGUCGUCGCAAGCACGCGAGAAGUGCUCGCAGGCAAACAACCCCUUCGCUGAGCGACCAUGUUUGCACAAAAACCCUUUGGAAGUGGAUUCGGCACCAGCGCAGGCAGUGGCGUCUUAGCCGCUCCCUCGGGGCCCUUCGGCACAAGUGGGAUGUUUGGAACAGGUGGUGCUUUCGGACAGCCCGCCAAUUCGACGGGUGGCACAACAGGAGGGUUCGGCUUUGGCGCAGCUCCGAAUGGGGGGCUGUUUGGCAACGUCCCCAGUGGAGGAGGGGGACUCUUCUCAAACGCCCAGCAGAACACGGGUGGUGUGUUUGGGCAGAACAAGCCAAACACAUUCACAGGGUUUGGCGGAAACACAGGGAGCCUUUUUGGUGGCACGGGCACCAGCGGGAACCUGUUUGGGGGUGGCGUGGCAACGGCGAAUGCGGGCAGCGUAUUCGGGGCACCGUUCGGUGCGGCGACGCCAACUGGCACCACCAUCAAGUUCACCCCCGUUAGUGGCACUGACAGCAUGAUCAAGAACGGGCUCAACACGCAGAUCUCCACCCAGCACCAGUGCAUCACUGCCAUGAAGGAGUACGAGGCCAAGUCGCUUGAGGAGUUGCGGUUGGAGGACUACGCUGCCAACCGCAAGGGCCCACAAGCCGGCUGUCUCUUCAUGUCGCCCGCCAACAACGCCACCACGGCCUCAGGGCUCUUUGGCACUGGCAACACGGGCACCAACAACAACAACAUCGCUGGCAGCACAGGCCUAACCUUUGGACAAAAAGCUGGGUUUGGCACCGGUUUCACGACUGGUGGCACAGGCAUGUUUGGGCAACCUCAGCAUCAGCAGCAGCAGGCACCCAGCGUGUUUGGCCCCAAGCCGUUUGGCCUCGUGGCGCCCAUGAACGGUGGCGGCAUCACGCAGGGCGGGACGGCACAAGGCUUCUCCUUCCAGGCCUCGGGAUUCGGGCCGGGCGCCACCAACACUACGGGUGUAUUUGGAAACAGCGUGCCGGUGCAGCAAGGCUGCAUUUUCGGUGCUGGCAGCAAUACUGCCACAGGCUUCGGAUCCAACGGAGGGCUCUUCCCGAGCAACAAUACUCUGUUUAACAACUCUUCUUCGGGUUUGUUUCACAACAAACCUACGGCGGGCUUCUCCAUGCCCACGGCAAACGUGCCGACUUUCGGACCGCUCGGCACGGGAUCGUUUUGCGCCAAGCCCGGCGGCCUGACCCUCGGCAACACUGCGUCCGGCCAGCUUUUCGGGUUUCCCAGCAACAACGGCGGAUCUGGAAUUUUGCAGAACAAACCGAACGCAGGGGUGCAGCCUGGCACCCUUGCCGGCAUGUUCGGUAUGAACUCGGGACAGAACAUGCUGUUUGGCGUUCCUCAGCCCAAACUGGCGGGCCUCUUCAGCAGCAACCCUUUCAGUACCUCCAACCCCACUCUUGUGCUUGGGAACAGUUCUGUUCCCCUUGACAUUAAUGCACAGCAGCUGCAGGUGCAACAGCAGGUGCAGGCGUUGGCGCUGUCGCCCUUCGGAGACUCUCCACUCUUCAGCAACCCCACUUCUGACCUCGCCAAGAAGCAGCAGCUGCUGAAGCCCACGAGUUCCACGACGCAGAAGUCACUGGUCACUCCGAGCCACUACCGCCUGUCCCCCCGCGCCACUGCGCGCGUGCGGCCCAAGGCACUGGUGCCAGGAGGGGCCCCGAGGGCGACCCCCGGGCCCCCACGCACGCAGAUGGCACCCCUCCACCUGCAGGGCCUGAACGGGGAUGAUGGGCAGGAGGAGGACGAGGCCAGGGCGGCUCAGCAGACAUUCACCCCACGGAAGAGUGUGAAGAAGCUGGUGAUUGUGGCGGCCAAGACGCCUCCUCCUCCCUCUCCACCAACUCCGUCCUCCCCGCUGGCCACCUCGCCAACGCAGCGCCAUCAAGAAGCCGAUGACCUGGCCCCACAGUCCGUUUACCCCGAGCCGGCAGAGCGCCCCUCGCAGGAGAGACACCAGGAGGGAGACCACCACGAUGAGGUGGAUGGCAAGCUGGGUGGUGGUUGCGAUGGUGGUGGGACAAAUUUCCGUGAGGCACGAACGGGCCCCCAGCACUCGCCCCCGCACUCUCCCGGUCCGACCAACGGUCCCGCUGUCUGCCACAGCAACGGUCUGAGCUCCCCCGAUGGAUCGGUGGGAGAGUUUAGCUCGAAGGACGCGUGGGGCAGCGAGCAAGAGAGCAGAGAGCGGGACACCCAGAAGCAGCCUCACCCCGCAGGCAUGGUGCUGACUCGGGCCGGGUACUUCACCAUCCCCUCACUGGAGGAGCUGGGGAGGAUGGUGGACGAGGAUGGGGUCUGCACCGUCACUAACUUCGUCAUCGGACGCGUUGGCUACGGCUCGAUCCUCUUCCCCGGCCGUAUGGACGUGAGCGGGCUCGACCUGGACGCCAUCGUGCACAUCCGCCGCAAGGAGGUCAUUGUUUACCCGGACGACGGCAGCAAACCCCGCGUGGGCCAGGGCCUCAACAGGCGAGCGGAGGUGACGCUGGACGGGGUGUGGCCCACGGACAAGACGAGCCGCACGCCGAUCCGCAGCCCCGAGCGGCUGCAGCGCAUGGAGUACGGCGCGCGGCUGGAGAAGGCGGCGCUGCGCCAGGGCGCGCGCUUCCUCGAGUACCGGCCCGAGAGCGGCUCCUGGGUCUUCGAGGUGAACCACUUUUCUGCUUACGGUCUCGCCAUAGAAGACGAGAUUGAGCAGCAGAAGGAAGAGGAGAGACGGCUGGUGGUGGGAGUGGCGGAGGGGUUGACGAGGGCUUGGCACGCUGGGCAGACAUAGCAACAGUCUCCCGCAUAGGCCAUUAGUCGCAGCCCUUAGGGGAUAAGCAAUCUUAGCUUCGGCAGGUAAAGAUCCCUUCAGAAAACUUAACUGGAACAAACUGUAGAGGUAGCUUUUGACGCCACCUCUGUUAAGAUAACAGUACACCUAAGUGUUUAAGCUAAACAAAUUCACUGAAUGUUCAAGUGAGGGGGGGUUGGUCCAUGGUAAGUGGCCCCCGCUGAGGGAGAUGCUAGUGAUUAUUAGGAGUAAACGAACAUAGACUUAAUAAAUAAGUUAAAAUCUGUUUCACUCGGACGCGAGGUCGUGACUGCUUGUGGUCGGCAGCGAGUGGCACCCGCAGAGCUGCCUGACCUGGCUUGAGGGCGGCUGUGUGGGUGCCGGUUGUGCCAGCGUGUCACCGGGUAAUUUCAGCUGAAUCCGUCUGGAUCGGCAACCCGUAAAAUAUGUCCACACCGACCUGGAACGCCACAUCCAGUGUCCCUCUCGCUAUUGCUGUGGAUACCUGUCGCACGCCUACUGCGGUUAUAUUAGCGACCCAGAAAAUAUUCAGUGGGAAAUAAUUCCCUGCAUGGCGCAUGGUAGUGUUGAUGCACCAUCACGCUCGAUCGUCAACAACUGCGCUUAGAUCAGCCCUUGCUCAAUGACUGAUGUGCACACAGACAGGCACAGGUCCAUACACUCAUGUGUUCAGAUCUCCCUGUAAUGCCACGGGGGAGCAUGGGAAAACGUCAUAACAUCACGUCACACUACUCGCGUCACACCGUCUCGCACCUCUCACACCACACCACUCAUCUUACGCCACUCCUAUCGCACAAUUCUAAACUCGCAUCUCUCAUCUCACAGCUUGUGCUUCACACCACUCUUGCUGCUCACUUUUCUUCAGCACUCUUCACCAAACCGCAGCCCACCAGCACUAUAAUCUUACUCCACGCUCAUCUCACUCCAGUAAUCCUUUACAACUUUUCUUAAACCACUCCCCUAACACCACUCAUUUCACAACACACUAACCUCGCACUGCUACUGAGCUCACACUACUCUGUAAGUAUUGUUGAAGGCGUCUAACUUGGGUACGUUAAAGUUUACGGUCGUACGCGAGGAGCGAAUGUUGGCGUUUGCGCGAAUGUUUUCUAAGACCACGUAAUGGAAUUGUGUUCACGGCGGUUGGCGGUGCCACCGGUGUCACGAAUCGCAGCUAUCCGGGCCGGAGUUUGUAAAUUGCCCUCGCCAGGUGUGACCGGAGCAAGUGAUGUGUAGCAUGCAUCCAGCCUGUAUCGUGAAACCCAAGGUUUCGCAGACAUCACUCCUCACGACCCACUUCGGUCUGCUUUUACACGCUUUAUCGGCUCCGUUCGAACAUACAAGUUGAAGCCGUUGAUGCGCUGCACGUGCCCGAUGAUGAGUAGACAAGCCCCAAGCGACGUAGCAAGAAUCGAGUGUCUAAAUCGCUUGGGCAAGACGUGGACGCGAACGUGUUCAUUGCUACCGUCGGGACGUGUGCAGCGUGGAGUCGGUCGAUUGGUAAUCGUAGCAAGGCAGAACGGCGUGUGUCGUGAGAACCGGACUGUGGAUGAACCUGGCACGUGCUCCAUGCAUGCAGUUGCUCCUGGGCCGUGUGGUUGUGCCUCUGGCCCCCUCCCACCCCUCCAGCUGCUGCACUUGCAUCCGUGAACUUUAGGGUUGCCACCUUUAGUACAAACCAAACCCGCUGAUAUAUUUAAAGGUUAAACAAUACCGGUACAAGAGCUGCGUGCGAAUCAGUUCCUGCUGCCACCCGGACACAGAUGCCAACUCUCAGACUUGUACCGAGGGGGCAAACCCGGAGAGGUGGCAACUCUUUCAGCUGUUUAUGCGCGAUACAUCGGCCAUCGUCGUGUUGCUGAACAAUGCGCGCGCAUGUUUAAGUAUUUUUAUGCUCUCCGCCUAUCGGGGAGUGAGGUAUAAAUCGAGGAUUUUGGAAGGGGUGGGGGGGGUCCCGUAUAAAUGUGAAGUGUCUUACACAUCAAUAAAGUGGCGAGA